UCGAGUCAAGGGGAUGAUCAAGCAGUGCAGUCGCGUUCACCAACACAAGAUAUUUGUUUUGCGUGUCAGUGCAGUUUUUCCAAACCUCUAUUUCGUUUAAUCAAACGUUGACUUUGCGCAACUGUAGCCUAAAUUCCAUGGUAAAAGUUUGACUGGUAAAAAAAAGGAUGAUUUCCAUAUUGCUGUUUUUUCACAUCGUGUUGUGGAAUCUGGCGUCAACGUAACUGGAUAAUUGUUAGCCUAUUUGAUAGAUUUAUUGUUUUAUCACAUUAGGGUGUCAAUUUCUACAAACAUAGGGCAUUAUUCGCAUUUCUCCUAGCGCUCAGGAUUGCUUUCAUCAGAAUUAAUGUCGCACUCCAGAAUGGACCUCGUCGGGUUAUACUUCCUACAGCUGGCGCUCAUUGGGCUCCCCCUUGCCUCAGGCUCAGCCGCGCGUGACUGCCUGCGUGCCGGGGACAGCUGCUCCAGCGAUGACUCGUGCAGCCCUCGCCUGCGCACGCUGCGGCAGUGUGUGGCGGGGGACGGCAGCGUGAAGCUGGGCCCGGGGGCCCGCAGCCAGUGUGAGGGCGCCGUGGCAGCCCUGCUCUCCAGCCCGCUGCACGGCUGCCAGUGCAAGCGAGGCAUGAAGAGGGAGAAGAACUGCCUGAGCAUCUACUGGAGCCUGCACCAGUCCGCCCUGCAUGGGCUGAGUCUGGUGGAGAACUUCCCCUAUGAACCGGAGGAGCGGGGCUUCGACUAUGUACGCCUGGCCUCCAUUGCUGCAGAGUCGGAGGUCACGACGGUGAACCGUUGCCUGGACGCGGCGAAGGCGUGCAACGUGGACGAGGCGUGUCAGAAGCAGCGCACGGAGUACGUGUCCUCGUGCAUCCAGCCGUCGGCGCGCUCCCCCUGCAACCGGGCCAAGUGCAGCAAGGCGCUCAGGAAGUUCUUUGACCGCGUGCCGCCCGACUACACCCACGAGCUGCUCUUCUGCCCGUGCUCGGACACGGCGUGCUCGGAACGCCGCCGCCAGACCAUCGUCCCCGCCUGCUCCUACGAGGAGCGCGACAGCAAGCCCAACUGCCUGGCCCAGCUGAGAACCUGCAGGGCCGACUACAUCUGCAGGUCCCGCUGGGCUCAGUUCCAGUACGACUGCCAGCCCUCGGAGGACAGCGCCAGCGGUUGUAACCACGACAACCAUGCCGCCUGUCUCCUGGCGUACACCGGCCUCAUAGGCAGCACCAUCACCCCUAACUACCUGGACAACUCGACUUCUAAUGUUGGACCCUGGUGCUCCUGCACUGCCAGUGGCAACCACCGGGAGCAGUGUUCUGAGUUCCUGGCCUUCUUCCACGACAACAUCUGCCUGAGGAACGCCAUCCAGGCUUUUGGGAACGGGACCGAAGGGAAGCCAGGAGCCAGCCAACCAGGGACGCCCAGCGCGGCCCCCGACAACCGCAUCCAGCACUUGGCAACCACCAACCCUGGCGUCACCAUGGAAACCGAGCAGAGCAUCCUGAGAGCACAGAUACCCACUCAGCUGGAUGAGAAGGACAGACUGUGGAGUGAAGGGGACUCUACCAUGCCCUCCCUUGGGCUGUCGGACCACGCCCAGCCCCUCCAGCCCUGCCCCCUGGCCUGCUUCCUCGCCGCGCUGCUGCUCUGGGGCCUGUAGACUCCGCCCCCCAGCCCCGCCCCGCCCCCGGGGGACUGACGGGGAGGGGGGAAGUGUGUACAGAGAGGGCAGGGUUACGUGCCUGCCCCCCCCUCCUCCCUCCUUUCACUAAAUCACUUUUCUCUUUGUGACUCACAGUGGACGUACCGUACACACCUGCCCACCUGGAAAACACCUGGAACACCAUGCCCCAUCUACACACACACACACACACCUCCCCAUCCCCUAAGCGAGGCGUUGGAGGUGUACAGACAGAAGGGGAGGGGUCACUGCUAUCCAAUAGAGACGCAGUUGUACUCUUUUCUAAUGAGGACUCGGUUCUAGAACAUUCCUUGAUGUACAGAUAUUCCAUGUGAAAACACGGCUGAGAGGAUCGGUGCGUGAAGACGGCCACAAAGACGGCUCCCUUCGCACACAGGCAGCAUUUCUCUUCACUCGUGUUUUAUUUGAAUGUUACUUUCCUGGGUGUCGCAAUGAAAUGAUAAGUCGUUUUCCUACCAGCACACAAAGUCUGAGGCACACGUCAUCAAGCCAAAACAGAACAAUUUUUUUUAUUUUCAACCCGCUGUCGUGUUUCAGUUGUAGAUAUCUCUGAGGACAAACCCACGUGAGUGCUGAUUUCCACGCUUCGAGGACGGAUGAGUCGCCCCGAAGGGUGUCCUGGGGCGCCGCUACUGUAGGUAACGUGAUUCUAAUGACAGGCCAGGGGGUGAUUAUACAGUAUAUAUUUUUUAUGUAUGUGGUCUUUACCACACCAAAUAUAUAUAUCUAUGGAUUAUGAUGUCAUCAAUCAUGCUCUCCAAUCAUGUUCAGCGCAAGGGAGGAAGUGUCUCCAUGAAGACUGGAUGAACUUGUAUCAUAUGACAAGAAAGCUUGCCCCCCAUUGGAGCAUUUUUCUGACAUGGGAGUAUCUGAGUAUUAAAAAGCACACAUUUUUUUAUGAGACAAUGUGCUGGUUCACCCUGGUGAUAGGAGACCGGUUUUACACAGUGAGAACCCACAUUGACUCACCGCCAUCACAGGGCUGCUGUUGGAACCAGAGGCUGAUAGAAUGGGGGUAUAGCUCGGUGGUUAGAGAGUUUGACUGCAGAUUUAGAGGUUGCAGUUUAAAAUCCCCUCAUGUAAGUAAAAAAAAUGAGCUAAAUGAAAACAUUCUUCUACAGCUAGACCUGAGGGCCCUGUGAACGUGGUCUCCCAUCACUGGGUGACACCAGCCCAGUUCUGUCAUGUUCUGGUUUGUUCUGUGAUUAAAAAGGGAAGUGAA